AUGUCGUCGCCAUUGGUUCUUGUGACUGGAGCCUCGGGAUAUUUGGGAGCUCAUUGUGUGAAAGUGCUUUUGGAUAAAGGAUAUCGAGUGAGGGGGACGGUUAGAUCGCUGAAAAAUACGAAGAAGAUUGAUCCAGUGAAAGCUCUUGACUCGAGCGGGACAAAGAUCGAAUUUGUUGAAGCUGAUUUGACAACGAAAGAGUCAUGGCCAAAAGCUGUAUCUGGUUGUGAUUACGUGCUCCACGUAGCCUCUCCAUUCCCACUAGCUGGCACACAAGAGACAAUCGACACAGCGAUUGCUGGCACGAAAAACGUUCUAGAAGCUUGCGCAAACGAGAACACAUUGAAAAAAGUGGUGCUCACGAGUAGUUUGGUGGCGAUUUUUGAGGGACACGUUGACGGUCGGCGACUCACUGAAAACGAUUGGUCGAUUUUGAAUGACAAAACGGAUGCCUAUUACACGAGCAAAACUCUCGCCGAAAAAGCCGCUUGGGAAUUCGUCGAGGAACACAAAAAUAAAUUUCGUUUCACUGUGGUAAAUCCGGGUUUUAUUGUGGGCCCAACGUUGACGGAUGAGUUGGGGUCGAGUGCAGAAGUAAUUAAAAAGUUGAUGGAAGCUCCGGCGUUACCAAAAAUGCGUUUUAUCUGUGUCGAUGUGAGAGAUGUUGCAAUGGCUCACAUAGCUGCAAUGGAAAAUCAAGAAUCGGAUGGAAUGAGAAUCAUUUGUGCUGAAGCUGAUUCAAGACUUGCCAGUGAACUCUUUGAGAAGCUGACGGAGGAAUUCGAGAGUCAAGGGUACUGUAUCCCGACUCGAUCAAUUCCUGAUUGGAUUGUUAAAUUUGGUGCUAAUUUUAGCGAUCAAUUUGCAAAAAUCGCUGGACGAUUGGGAAUCGAGUUGAACUUUGAUAACUCAAGACUUCGUGAGAUCUUAAAAAUCGAUCCAAACGAUACAAGGAAAGCCGUCGUUGACAUGGUUUACACAAUGAUUGAAAAAGGUUUCAUCAAGAAGACAACCAAAUACCGGGGACCAAAG